AUGGCGAAAGGUGGAUCUGGUAAUGGUAAUCGCGGUGGCCAGGUGAAUUCUGAGAUUGUUGUUGUUGAAGAUUCGAGUAGUCCCUAUUUUCUUCAUAAUGGAGAUCAUCCAGGGCUCAAUCUUGUUUUAAAUCUUUUGACUGGACCGAAUUAUCAUACCUGGCGUAGAGCGAUGCUGAUGGCUCUCACAGCGAAGAACAAAGUUGGUUUUGUGGAUGGUACGAUUUCUAGACCUAUGUCUCAUGAUUUGAUUUACGGUGCUUGGAAUAGAUGUAACAGUAUGAUUUCUUCAUGGAUCAUAAAUGCUGUUUCAAGAGAAAUUGCAGAUAGUCUUUUAUAUUUGGAUUCUGCUUGUGAUAUCUGGAAAGAUUUGAAUGAUAGAUUUAAUCAGGGUAAUGGACCUCGAAUUUUUCAAAUUAAGAAGCAAUUAUCUGCUCUUAAUCAAGGUUCAUUGGAUGUCAAUUCAUAUUUCACUAAAUUGAAGAUUCUUUGGGAUGAAUUGAGGGAGUUUCAACCUGUUCCAAUUAGAGGACAAAUUUUGAUGAUGGAUCCCUUACCUGCUAUUAAUAAAGUGUUUUCUUUGGUUAUUCAAGAAGAACGUCACAGGACUGUUGGUUAUUCUUAUUCUGGUUCUCACAAUUCUGAUCCUAUGACAUUUGGCUCUAAUUCUAAUGCACCAGCAGGAAGUUCAGGUGGCUCUAAAACUAGAAGGGAUAGAAUUACUUGUUCUCAUUGUGGUUUCCAAGGUCAUACCAAAGAUAAAUGA